CCAAUAUGGGCAUGUGAUGGCUCGGAGCUUGUGGGCACGGGCAUGGUAUGCUUGGCGAGAUCAUGGGCCAUGGCUUUUGGCCUUUCGACUUUUGAACGCCUGGAAUUUGCGGACCUCUUUCAAUCCUGAUGAGUAUUGGCAGGGUCCAGAAGUCUCCCAUGCUUGGCGCUAUGGAGAUGGCCACCUCACCUGGGAAUGGGAGAAGUGUGUGGCAUUGCGUGGCGUUCUUCACCCAGGUAUCUUUGCACUGCUGCUGACUCUGCUACCUGAUUGGCCACUACUUGUGGCAUACGCACCCAGAUUGUUGCAGGGCGCUCUAGCGUCCUUUGCAGAUUUGGCAGUGUAUAGGAGUGCUGAGAGGCUCGGAGGCAAAGCAUUAGCUCGUUGGGCUUUGUGUGUUCAGCUGGCAAGCUGGUUUCAGCUCUAUGCGGUCACAAGGACCUUUUCCAGCUCGUUGGAAUCGGUGCUUGCAGCGCUGGUUAUUGAUCAUCUUACAAGACGAGCGCUCACUGGCGCGCUUGUGCUUGGAUCCCUGCAAGUGGCGAUACGGCCCACGGCUGCAGGCUUUUGGUUGGCUUGGGCGGCCUGGGAGGUAGGUGUCCGAGUGCAAUGUGGAGACCUUCACGGCGCUUUUUGGAAGCUCCUGGUUCCAGGUCUGCAGAUCUCUGGCGUGGUCCUUUCAAUUUCUACUUUCUUGGACAGCCUUUUCUACCAGCGCUUCACUCUAGUUCCAUGGAACUUUGUUCAAUUUAACCUAAUGGCCGAUGGUGGAGCUCUCUACGGUAGCCACCCUUGGCACUGGUACCUUGAGGGCCUGGCCGUCACUUUGGGAACCUUCCUGCCUUUUUGUUGCGUUGGUGUGGGGCUGGGUGUCAAGCAUUUUCCCUCGCAGCUGUUCGCCGUGGGAAUAAGCAUUUGUCUUCUGUCCCUGGCCUCCCACAAGGAGUACCGUUUUUUGUUGCCAUUCUUCCCCAUUUUUUCAUUGCUGACAGGGCAAGGCCUCCAGAAGACAAUUGGCCAGCUACAGGAGGAACGGACAGCAAAAUUGACCUGCCUCACCAUCGUGUUCCUGCCACAGAUCAUUGCUGCUUUGUUCUUUUGCUUGGUGCACCAACGUGGAGCUGAAGCAGUGAUGGCGCAUCUUAGACAACAUCCAGCAGGAGAUGAUGGUGUUUUCUUCCUGACUGCAUGCCACGCGACACCUUUUUACAGCUUUGUGCAUGGACAAGGGCCGCUAGGAUAUUUGGACUGUUCUCCAGGUCAAGGCAGUCCUCAAAAGCGGUUCUUCGAGCAGCCAAUGCCGGUUCUGCGAGAGAUCUUUCCUGAGGCGCUGCACAAUGCAACUGAAAGAGCACCUCCAAAGGGAGCGGCGUUGAAACAUUGCUUGGAGUAUCGCUACCGCAAGAGCUGGCAGCUUCCCGAGGUGUUUGUUCUUUGGGGGUCUCUUCUUGCACACGAACCUCGCAUGGGGCAAUGGCUGGAGAUCAACCGCUAUCAGCUGGAAGUUGAAUUGCAGGAUGGUGUGUGGUCAGAAGGCCCUUACGAUGUGGAACUCUGGCCAAGCUUCAGCAUUUGGAGAAAACAGCCUUCCUUUCUUGCUUCCGAAUUCAAGUAGAAGAGAAG